AUGCCCAAAAAGUGGCUCCCGCUCGAGGCGAACCCGGACGUCAUGAACGCCUUCGCCCACGAGCUCGGACUCUCUCCUUCUCUCGCCUUUCACGACGUCUACGGUUUCGACGACGAUCUCCUGGAGUUCAUCCCCGAGCCUUGCGUCGCCGUGUUGAUGCUCUUCCCGCUCACGCCGCGAACGGAAUCCGUCGCGGGCGUCGACGCGCCCGCUCCCGACGCCGUCUCGAGCGUGUGGUUCGCUCGACAAACCGUCUCCAACGCGUGCGGCACCAUGGGGGUGAUUCACGCCGCGUUGAACGCGAAGGACGCCGUCGUCCCGGGGAGUCGCCUGGAGUCUCUGCGCGCGGCGUGCGAGGGCUCGGACCCCGACGCGCGCGCGCGUGUGAUCGAAAACGACGACGCGUUGGAGGCGGCGCACGUGUGUGCGUCCACGGAAGGGCAGAGCGCGGUGCCGAACGCGGAUGAGGUGAUCGAUCUACACUUCGUGGCGCUCGUCGAGCGGGACGGCGGCGUGUGGGAGCUCGACGGACGAAAGCCGGCGCCGGUGUAUCACGGGGCGACGACCGGAAGCGGACUCCUGCGCGACGCGGUGCCGGUGAUUCGAAAGUACAUGGAGGCCGCGGAGGGGUCGAUUCACUUCAACGCCAUCGCGCUCGCGGCGAGUCUCGACGCGUAG